UCUAAGGGCUGGCCCGCAGCAGCCGGUUUGAGAUAGUGGGUUGGGCCUGGUGGCGACCGGAUGUUGACUGUGAAUAAAUACAACCGGCGCUCGCGACAGGGCGAUAUCUGGCGGAACCGCUCCCGCGGCGGUCUCCGCGAACUGCGUUCCUGCCGAGUUGCUGAAGGCCUGGCUUCGCCAUCUUCGCCCGAAGGUUUCUGUCGACCCUACGGCUUGUUUCCUAAGUAUUGCAAGCGUAGGGAACAAAACGUAGAUCUAGACCAGGGCAAGGCAUCUCAAGUUCGAGUUACUGGGAGGAAAAUGAGAUGGUAGGAAACCAAACCAGUGACAGUUUAACAGUAUUACAUUGUAAUUCUCUGGCCCUGGAGAUCGCAAGAAUCUGGCGUUAUCCUGAGGAUGAAGGAGAGCUUCCCCAAGCAACAGAUAGUUUAAGGAAGUGGAUUAAUUGUGUACAGAGUGUAUUUAUUGACUUCAGAUAAUUGGGUUGAAGAUGAACCCGGUGAACCCCUUCAGUGGGCAGCAGUCCAGUGCUUUUGCCCUGUCUUCUAGUACCACAGGAACAUUUCAGACCAAGUCACCAUUCCGAUUUGGUCAACCUUCUCUUUUUGGACAAAACACACUGGGAAAGAGCCUUGGAUUUUCACAGGUAUCAAACUUUGCAUCACCCUCUGGAGUAAGUCAUUCUUCCUCAUUGCCAACAUUUGGACUCACCCAAACCUCCAGUGCUGGACUGUUCACUAGUCUUGAAUCCACACCUUCUUUUGCAGCUACCUCUGGGUCUUCAAAUCCAUCUGUGCCGGGAAAUACAGGAUUUAGUUUUAAAUCGCCCUCUGGUGUUGGAGUUUUCUCAAGUGGCUCUGCUUUUGGGCCAGAAACUGGAGAAGUAGCAAGCUCUGGUUUUAGGAAAACAGAAUUCAAGUUUAAACCUCUGGAAAAUGCAGUAUUCAGACCAAUACUGGGGGCCGCUGAGUCAGAGCCAGAGAAAACCCAGAGCCAAGUUGCUUCUGGAUUUUUCACAUUUUCCCAUCCCAUUAGUAGUGGGUCUGGAGGCCUGAACCCUUUUUCUUUUCCCCAGGUGACAAAUAGUUCAGUGACUAGUUCAAAUUUUGUCUUUUCAAAACCAGCUAAUAGUAAUACGACAUCUGUCCUCACCCCUGCUUUGUCCAACCAAAAUGUAGAGGAAGAGAAGAGGGCACCUAAGUCAGUCUUUGGAAGUUCCAAUAGUAGUUUCUCCACUUUCCCCAUGUCAUCUGGAUCUUUGGGGGAGCCCUUCCCAGGCAACAAAACAGGCAACCGUCAAGGAUGUGAGGAAGCCGUCUCUCUGGUGGAGCCAAUUCCUACCCCCUUGAAAGGACUAAAAAGGAAAGAGGACCAGGAUCGCUCCCCAAGGAGACACUGCCACGAGGCAGCAGAAGACUCAGACCCUCUGUCCCGGGGAGACCAUCCUCCAGAUAAACGACCUGUCCGCCUAAAUAGACCCCGGGGAGGCACUUUGUUUGGUCGGACGAUACAGGACGUCUUCAAAAGCAAUAAAGAAUCGGGUCGCCUGGGCAGCAAGGAAUCUAAGAAGGAAAGCGGCUUUGUGGAGUCUGGGGAAAGUGACCACAUGGCCAUCUCAGGAGGAAGUCAGUCUACCCUGGCACCUUCUCGGCUUCCUGCUGUGAAUAAAGAGGAAGAAACAGAAGGUCGAGAUGAAAAAGAAGAUUCUCUCAGGGGAGCAUCUGUGCGCCAAAGCAAAAGAAGCGAGAGCACCGACAGCCUGGGGGGCUUGUCUUCCUUAGAACUGACAGCCAUCCAGUGCAAGAACAUCCCUGACUAUCUCAACGACAGGGCCACCCUGGAGAAGCACUUCGGCAAAAUCGCCAAAGUGCAGCGGGUCUUCACCAGGCGCAGCAAAAAGCUCGCCGUGGUGCAUUUUUUCGACCAUGCAUCUGCAGCCCUGGCUAGGAAGAAGGGGAAAGGUCUGCAUAAGGACGUGGUUAUCUUUUGGCACAAGAAGAAAAUAAGUCCCAGCAAAAAACCCUUUUCCCUGAAGGAGAAGAAGCUUGGUGACGGUGAAGCCAGCCAAGGCAUAGAGGACCCCCCCUUUCAGCAUUCCCCUCUUGGCAAGCCCAUAGUGAGGCCUGCAACCGGCAGCCUGCUGAAUAAAAGCUCUCCAGUGAAGAAACCAAGCCUUCUAAAGAUCCACCAGUUUGAGGCAGACCCUUUUGACUCUGGAUCUGAGGGCCCCGAGGGCCUUGGUUCUUCAUGUGUGUCAUCUCUUAGCAUCCUGAUAGGGACUGUGGCUGAGACGUCUGAGGAGAAGUACCGCCUUCUGGACCAGAGAGACCGAAUCAUGCGGCAAGCUCGGGUGAAGAGGACUGAUCUGGACAAAGCAAGGGCAUUUGUUGGAACGUGCCCUGAUAUGUGUCCUGAGAAGGAGCGGUACUUGCGGGAGACCCGGAGCCAGCUAAGCGUGUUUGAAGUGGUCCCAGGGACUGACCAGGUGGACCAUGCAGCAGCCGUGAAGGAGUACAGUCGGUCCUCUGCAGAUCAGGAGGAGCCCCUGCCGCAUGAGCUGAGGCCCUCAGCAGUUCUCAGCAGGACCAUGGACUACCUGGUGACCCAGAUCAUGGACCAAAAGGAAGGCAGCCUUCGGGACUGGUAUGACUUCGUGUGGAACCGCACUCGGGGUAUACGGAAGGACAUCACACAGCAGCACCUCUGUGAUCCCCUGACGGUGUCUCUGAUCGAGAAGUGUACACGGUUUCAUAUCCAUUGUGCCCACUUCAUGUGUGAGGAGCCCAUGUCCUCCUUCGAUGCCAAGAUCAACAAUGAGAAUAUGACCAAGUGUCUACAGAGUCUGAAGGAGAUGUACCAGGACCUGAGGAACAAGGGUGUUUUCUGUGCCAGUGAAGCUGAGUUCCAGGGCUACAAUGUCCUGCUCAAUCUCAACAAAGGAGACAUUUUGAGGGAAGUUCAGCAGUUCCACCCUGAUGUUAGGAACUCCCCCGAGGUGAAGUUUGCUGUCCAGGCUUUUGCUGCAUUGAACAGUAAUAAUUUCGUGAGAUUUUUCAAACUGGUCCAGUCUGCAUCUUACCUGAACGCGUGCCUGUUACACUGUUACUUUAAUCAGAUCCGUAAGGACGCCCUCCGAGCACUCAAUGUUGCAUACACUGUGAGCACACAACGCUCUACUGUCUUCCCCCUGGAUGGUGUUGUACGCAUGCUGUUGUUCAGAGAUUGUGAAGAGGCAACCAACUUCCUCAAUUACCAUGGCCUCACUGUAGCUGAUGGCUGUGUUGAGCUGAAUCGGUCGGCAUUCUUGGAACCAGAGGGAUUAUCCAAGUCCUGGAAGUCAGUGUUUAUUGCCCAAAAGCUGACUGUGUCAGUUGGAGAAGUUGUGAAUGGAGGGCCACUGCCUCCUGUACCUCGCCAUACACCUGUGUGCAGCUUUAACUCCCAGAAUAAAUACGUUGGAGAGAGCCUGGCUACGGAGCUGCCCAUCAGCACUCAGAGAUCCGGUGCAGACACAGCAGGUGGCGGGAGAAGAGAGGAGUAUGAAGCCGAGGUAGAUGUGCCACCGUUGACUCUCCUCCCACAGCCUCCUCCUGCACCCUCAUCCACACCAGUGCUUCACGGCCCACCACUGGCCCCAGUUGUGGCACCCGGCCUUUUCCAGUCCUCCAUGCAGCCUGAGCUGCUGCCUCCAAAGCCUGCACCUGUGUACUCUGAAUCGGACCUGGUGCAGGUGGUGGACGAGCUCAUCCAGGAGGCUCUUCAGGUGGACUGUGAGGAAGUCGGCUCUGCUGGGGCGGCCUAUGUAGCCGCAGCUCUGGGUGUUUCUAAUGCUGCCGUGGAGGAUCUGAUAACAGCUGCAACCACAGGCAUUUUGAGGCAUGUUGCUGCUGAAGAAGUAUCCAUGGAAAGGCAGAGAAGAGAGGAAGAAAAGCGACAGGCUGAAGAGGAAAGGUUGAAGCAAGAGAGAGAACUGGUGUUAACUCAGCUGAGCGAGGGCCUGGCUGCAGAGCUGACAGAGCUCAUGGUGACGGAGUGUGUGUGGGAGACCUGCUCUCAGGAGUUAAAGUGGUGGAGGGAAGCUGUUGCAGCCCGGAAGAAACUCCGGCGUCAGAUGCGGGCCUUCCCAGCAGCACCAUGCUGUGUGGACAUGAAUGACCGACUGCAGGCACUAGUGCCCAGUGCAGAGUGCCCCAUUGCUGAGGAGAACCUGGCCAAGGGCCUCUUGGACCUGGGCCAUGCAGGGAAAGUAGGCAUCUCCUGUACCAGGUUGAGGCGCCUUAGAAACAAGACAACUCACCAAAUGAAGGUUCAGCACUUCCACCAGCAGCUUCUGAGUAACGCUGCAUGGGCACCUCUGGACCUAUCGUCCUUUGUGGCUGAGCACCUCCCUGUGAAACAUGAUCGAAUAUUUUGGAAACUGGUGCUGGUGUUGCCUGAUGGAGAAGAGCAGACAGCAGAGAGUCCUGGCAGAAUACUGGAAAAUUGGUUAAAGGUCAAGUUCACAGGAGAUGACAGCCUGGUGGAUAAUACACAUGAUAAUGCUGGUGAUAUCCAGACACUCACAGUUUUUAAUGCAUUCAGUAGUAAAGGGGACCAAACAGUUUCUGUCAAUGUGUGUAUAAAGGUGGCCCAUGGCACCCUUAGUGACAGUGUCCUUGAUGCUGUGAAGAAACGGAAGGACCUGUUGGGAGCCAGUGGGCUCAUGCUGCUGCUUCCUCCCAGAGUGAAGAGUGAGGACGUAGCAGAGGAGGAUCUGUACUGGCUGUCGGCUCUGCUGCAGCUCAAGCAGCUCCUCCAGGCCAAGCCCUUCCAGCCUGCACUUCCACUGGUGGUUCUCGUGCCCAGCUCCAAAGGAGACUCCAUGGGGAAGGAAGUAGAGGAUGGUCUGAUGUUACAGGAUCUGGUUUCAGCUAAGCUGAUUUCAGAUUAUAUUGUUGUUGAGAUUCCUGACUCUGUUAAUGAUUUACAAGGCACAGUGAAGGUUUCUGGAGCAGUCCAGUGGUUGGUCUCCCGAUGCCCUCAAGCCCUAGACCUUUGCUGCCAGACCCUUACUCAGUAUGUUGAGGAUGGCAUCAGCCGUGAGUUCAGUGGUCGCUUUUUCCACGACAGAAGAGAGAGGCGCCUGGGUGGCCUGGCCUCCCAAGAGCCUAGCACCAUCAUUGAUCUGUUCAAUAGUGUGCUGCAGUUCCUGGCCUCUGUGGUGUCCUCUGAGCAGCUCUGUGACAUCUCCUGGCCUGUCACGGAGUUUGCCGAGGUGGGGGGCAGCCAGCUGCUUCCUCAUCUGCACUGGAACUCACCAGAGCAUCUAGCUUGGCUGAGGCAAACCGUGCUUGGGUUCCAGCUUCCACAGAUGGAUCUUCCACCUGCAGGGGCGCCCUGGCUCCCUGUGUGUUCCAUGGUCAUUCAGUAUACCUCCCAGAUUCCCAGCUCAUGCCAGACGCAGCCUGUCCUCCAGUCCCAGGUGGAGAACCUGCUGUGCAGAACAUACCAAAAGUGGAAGAGCAAGAGCCUCUGUCCAGGCCAGGAGUCGGGGCCUUCAGUUGCUGAGAUCCCAUGGGAUGACAUCAUCACCUUAUGCAUCAAUCACAAGCUGAGUGACUGGACACCUCCCAGGCUCCCCAUCACAGCAGAGGCGCUGAGUGAAGAUGGUCAGAUAUGUGUAUAUUUUUUCAAAAAUUGUUUAAGAAAAUAUAAUGUUCCGCUGUCAUGGGAACAAGCCAGAAUGCAGACACAGAGGGAACUACAGCUGAGUCCAAGACGUUCGGGGAUGAAGUCUUUUCAUCCUUCUACAAGCAGUUUUUCUACUCCACUGCCUCACGUGCUCCAUAAACGGAAGAAAAAUGAAGAGAGUGGCCGAGAGGGGGCGCUGAGCACAGAGGAUCUGAUGCGCGGAGCUUCUGCAGAAGAGCUGCUGGCACAGUGUCUGUCCAGCACUCUGCUGGAGGAGAAGGAAGAGAACAAGAGGUUUGAAGAUCAACUUCAACAGUGGUUGUCUCAAGACUCUCAGGCCUUCACAGAGUCAACUCGCCUUCCUCUCUACCUUCCUCAGACACUCAUAUCUUCCCCUGACGCUAUCAAAACUCCGACUGCGGUGAAAACAUCUCCAACAAGAAGUCCUCAGAAUGCAGGUGCAGGAGAGCAAUUACAGUUCUCGGAGGCAUCGGACAUGUCUCUAACUGGAAGGCUGAAGUACCUGGAAAGGCUGAUCCAAAGUUCAAGGGAAGAGGAAGUUGCCUCUGAGCUCCAUCUUUCUGCACUGCUGGACAUGGUGGACAUUUAACAAUCGGAAACAAGAAGUGUUGUUUUCUUCAUAUCAUUUGUUUUUAUUCAAAUUAUGUUAUGCUCAGAUGCUUCAUGUCCUGUUGGAAAUGAGAUUAUUAAUUAUGCAAAUAAACCAUUUGAAUCAUCUGA